ACCUUUGGAGCAGAGCAUAGAAGGGUCGUUGGCCUGAGCUAACAUAAGCCAGAGCCUUGCGUCAACAGUGACAGCUAGCCUGUCAGCAUUUCAGAGAGAGAGGAAAGGACAAAUAGAGUGCUGAAAACCACAGAGGUAGCAACCUAGCCACAUAAAAAGAUUGCCGUACACAACUGUAAACACAGACAUGGCUGCUCUUCCUGGAGGCAGUGUGCAGGGUUGGAGCACAAAGCAAGUAGCACGCUGGCUGAAAGAGCAGGGCUUUUGCGACUACGUGGAACUGCUCUGUACCAGGCAUCGUUUGGAUGGAGCCAGUCUGCUGUCUCUGACCGAGUACGACCUGCGCUCUCCUCCGCUGGAGCUCAAAGUCCUGGGUGACAUCAAAAGACUGAUGAUUGCGCUGAGGAAGCUGCAGAGACAGAACGGAGCCCGUUCACAGGAUAUAGGGUCAAACCCAGGGUCCUGGUCAGGGUUAAACGGGCACAUUGUGGCAGAUGGAGGCCACAUUACCGCCAGCGGUGGUGGGGACUGGCUGUGUAACGGGGGGGACUGCCGGCUGAGGGAGGGAGUCGGCACGGUGACAGUACUCAGGGAUGAGCAGGGCCACGCAUACUCAAAUGGGAAGUUCAAGCAUCUGGGCCGUCUGGAUCCAGAAUAUUGGAAGACGGUGCUCAGUUUGGUCUACGUCAUAUCUGUGUUCGGUUUUACGUCCUUCGUAAUGGUGCUGGUCCACGAGAGGGUACCGGACAUGCAGACUUACCCUCCUCUGCCUGAUAUUUUCCUAGACAGUGUACCCAGAAUUCCCUGGGCAUUUGCCAUGGCAGAAGCGUGUGGUUUGGUCCUGUGUUAUAUCCUGCUACUGGUACUGCUUCUACACAAACACAGGUCCAUUCUCUUCCGUAGACUAUGCAGUCUGAUGGGGACAGUAUUCUUGUUACGUUGUGUCACUAUGUUUGUCACCUCUCUGUCUGUGCCAGGUCAGCACCUCCAGUGCUCGGGGAAGAUGUAUGGGGAUACCUGGGUGAAGUUGAAGAGGGCCCUUGAGAUCUGGAGUGGUUUUGGAAUGAGUCUAACUGGAGUGCACACCUGUGGAGACUACAUGUUCAGUGGACACACUGUGGUUCUGACCAUGCUCAACUUUUUUGUCACUGAGUAUACUCCUCGGAACUGGAACAUUAUCCACACCAUGUCGUGGGUUCUCAACCUGUUCGGCAUUUUCUUCAUCCUGGCUGCUCAUGAACAUUAUUCCAUCGACGUCUUCAUUGCCUUCUACAUCACGACCAGACUGUUCCUGUACUACCACACGUUGGCAAACACGCGGGCAUACCAGCACAGUCGACGGGCACGCAUCUGGUUUCCACUCUUCUCCUUCUUCGAGUGUAACGUUAAUGGGACUGUGCCUAAUGAAUACUGCUGGCCUCUCUCCCAACCUGCCUUCAUGAAGAAUCUCAUCGGCUAGAUCUAGCAAUGGAGGACCUUGGCGUACAGAUGAAUCUGUGUGUGUGUGUGUGUGUGCGUGUGUGUGUGUGAAUUUUCUGUCAGUAUUUCUCCCUUAUUUAUAUCCCCCUGGGCACUCUGGAGUACUAAGGAGAUUUAUUUAUUUAUUUAUUUAUUUAGAAAGGGUUGAAGGAUUCUUACCUUUGGGCGAUUUGCCAUAUCUUGGUGAGGUAAUGUCACCUCUGAUUUCAGGCCUUUCACAUCAAGGACCUGCCUUGCCCUUUUUCAUCACAAAAAAAGUGCCAAACAGUGCCCCAUUUAAGGGUCUUUUGAAGUCUUUUUUUUAUUAUUUAAUGUCCUCUUUGUUGGGUUCACAUUGAAUCAAGCAGAUCUCAGUUCUUUUAGCAUUGAACCUUGCUAGCAUUAGUAUCAUUUGGUACUGCUGACAGUCCAUUCCAUUAACAUGCAACUGUUCAAAUUUUCAUCUGCACUAAAAUUAAACUGCAAUAGCAUUUCAUUACAACAUAUCAGUUCACACACAACCACUUCGAGCAUUCAGCUGCUAUUUAUCUAUGAACUUAGCAUCCAACUCUGCAGAAACUAAGCUCUACGAAUAUUAGCUACAUCAGCACUUGCGCUGAGUUACACAACCAGCUAACGUUCAGCUAAAUGAACAUUUUGCUAUGCUGACACACAACCAAAUGCCCUUUUUAUUUUGCCAAAGUUACAGUAAGUGAUUGAAGUAAGUGAGUUACCCAUUUUGGCAGAGGAGUCAAAUGAGAAGCAGUUUGACUGCACAGAGAAAAUAGACUUUGGCUGACACUUGGUCUGAUUAUUACAAAAAUCUUUUAUUUGAGAGUUUCAGUGAAAUGGAUAUUUCAGCAGUAUCAGAGGUAACUUUUGUGACCUGUUGGACCUUUUUAGUGGACUUUGGUUAGAUGAAUUUUAAAAUUCAACAAGCAUGUUCCAUUUCUCUGUUGCACAGCAUUCUGCUCUUCUGCUUUCUUUACCAUGUAAAACUAACGUCAUUAUAUUGUAGUUCAGCCAGGCCAAUUCAGUUGUGUUCCCUGUUGUUCUGAAGCUAAUUUGCAUAAAAUAAACAUAGAUCUGGCUACACUGAGAGGGAGGAGAAUGUUGGCAAAGAGCCAUUAUAUCCAUCAGUAUUUGUUUGGCAUGUGUAACCAGUGGAAAACAAAAUCUACAGUGUUAGGUAUCAAAUUUGUUCGGGAAAAAAUGGAAGAAAAGAACGAAUUGUUAAAUGUAUUAAUUUAACUGCAUUGCAGUGUGUGUG